AUGCGAGUCUGGCACAGCUCUAGCACUCGGCGCAGCUUUACAGAGUCAGCAGCGGUACGACUAAGGACCACGGAACUGAACAGCUCCUCUCUCUCGAACCUGAAGAUCAACAGUGACCGUCUAUGGGAGACGAUCCACUCUACGUCGCGAUGGAGCGAGCCCACGGGCGUCGACCCCAGCGACAUCAAACGAGUUGGGCUCAGGCGCCUCACGCUCAGUAAGGAGGAUAAGGAAGCUCGAGACUGGUUCAUCAGCACUACUGAGUCUUUAGGGUGCAAGACCCAUGUCGAUGAAAUUGGGAAUAUCUUCGCCAUUAGACCGGGACUCAAUAACGAUGCACCGGCAACCUUUGCAGGAAGUCACUUGGAUUCGCAGCCUUCUGGAGGGAGGUUCGAUGGGAUUCUCGGCAUCGCGGCUGGGGUUGAGAUGCUGAGAACGCUGAAUGACAAUUGGAUUGAGACGGAGGGCCCGGUUGGAGUUGUGAAUUGGACGAACGAGGAAGGCGCGAAAUUUCCGGUGUCCAUGAUGGGGAGUGGCGUUUGGUCUGGACGAUUGGGGCUGCAGAAGGCAUGGGACGUCAAGAGCGUAAUCAACACCGGACCCGUCACAACGGUAAAAGAAGAACUGGAAACAAUAGGGUAUCUGGGAAACACACCCUCGAGUCCCAAGGGCACGCCCAUCGGAGCACAUUUCGAACUCCACAUCGAGCAGGGUCCUAAACUCGAAGCUUCGGCUGCUAACGUCGGCGUGGUUAUGGGCGUACAGGCAUACAAAUGGUUUACAGUGACCAUCACAGGGCGAGAAUCACACGCUGGAACCACCGACUUCGACCACCGAGCAGAUGCGUUACACGCGGCAUGUCAAUUCAUCGGGGCCGCGAGGAACAUCGCCCGAGCUGCUGGCGGCUUGUCCACGGUCGGCAUGCUGAGUCUGUCACCAGGGAGCGUCAACACCGUCCCCGGAGAAGUGAGGCUCAGCCUCGACAUCCGCCACCCCACCGACGAAGGCCUAGCGACGAUACUCGCCGAGGUCGAGAACUCUUGUCGUGAUGUCAGCGAAGCCGCCUUGAAAAGCAGCUGUCCAGAGGAUGGAAGCAAGACCAGCCACCUCAGACAGAUCGCCUUCCACAUGCAAGAGACCUUCUCCAGUCCUGCAACCAAGUUCCAUCCAGAUGCUGUUCUCUGUGUGGAGCAGGCUGCUGCUGCGAUGUACCCCAAAGAGAGGUUUGAGGCAAACGUGAAGAAGAUGAUCAGCGGCGCUGGUCAUGACAGUGUGUGCACCAACGACCACUGUCCGACGGCAAUGAUCUUCGUGCCGUGUAAAGACGGUGUCAGUCAUAAUCCCGCCGAGUGGUGUGAACAGGAGCAUUGUGCGGUUGGGGCUAAUGUCUUAAUGCAUUCGGUCUUGAGGAUGGAUAGACGGAGGAAGGAGAAGGGGGACUUUGACUAG